GGAGGCACACCUGAGACGCAGUCUACGCCUUGCACUCACUUGAACAAUUCCUCACCCUAGUUGCUCCUGGCUAUAGUUCUCGAACCUACGUUAAAUAGUGGGAAAGUAAAGUCACUGGUCUCAAGAGAAUGGGAACGAGGAGUUUUUGGCCUCUACUGCAUGGGAAGUUGAAGUCACCUGCCUUGGGUGAGGACAAGUAGCUCUGCAACUCAUGUUACCGGGGAAAUAUAACCCUUUGGUUUCUAAUGGUGAAACUCACCAACGAUACGCCAGCGGCAACUGCAUGAUACCAAGCAACAGUACGCCAGCGGUUGCUGUAUGAUACCUAGCAUCGUGUGCAGCAAAAGUGAUGGAGCGGUCACUACUACAACGUGUGGGCACUCUGCUAUACCUGGUCCAUCCCAACACCACAACAUUCAGCAGUGUCGACCAGGUCCCCAACUACAUACACGAGGCAAUUCCGCUUAUGUUGUUCAUCACAUUUUUGGAGUUCACUGUUCUUUACAUGCUGGGCAAACCUACGAGACUUGGUCAGUUGAAUUCGUCCCUCGGCUGUGCUCUCUUCAGUGAAGUUCCCACGCUGGUAGUGACUGGAGCUUCGUUGAUAGGCUACGACUGGAUCUUCAAGUUCCGGUUAUGGGACUUGCCCUGGGACUCACCUUACACAUGGCUCGGUGCCUUCACAGGCAUUGACUUCUGCUAUUACUGGAUCCACAGGGCUAACCACGAACUGAAUAUCCUGUGGGCUAUACAUCAGGUCCACCAUUCUUCAGAGGACUACAAUUUUGGAACGGCUAUGCGGAACUCAGUAUUUCAGCGAGCUACCAAUCUUGCUUUCUACUAUCCCCUGGCACUACUAGGCUUACCGCUCCCUACCAUCGCCGUUCACAUCGCCUUCAACUACCUAUUCCAAUUUUGGCUUCACACAGAGUUGGUGGGCAAUCUUGGUCCAAUAGAAUGGUUCUUUAUAACACCCUCUCAUCACCGUGUGCAUCACGGAGCCAACAAGUGGUGUCUGGAUAAGAACUACGGCAGUGUGCUCGUCAUCUGGGACCGCUUUUUUGGCACUUUCGAAGCCGAGAGAAACAACGAGGAGAUUGUAUACGGACUUACCAACCAGCCUCAGACCUACAACGUAAUCUGGCACCAGUUCUUCUACUUCGUGGAGGUGUACCGUAAGGCGAGGAGCAUGAGCACCUGGGGAGACUCACUGAAGGCCUUGUUCUAUGGUCCCGGCUGGACUCCGGGGAUGCCCCGCCUGGGAGACCCUAGCACCUUCACCGACGUCAAGGCUCCUAGGGUCAAGUAUGAUCCUCGGAUGUCCCUGUGGAUGUUUCUUUAUAUCGUUUCACACCUAGCAUUGGCACUUCUGGCUCAGCACUGGACAGUGUCCCAUUACAUGAUGGUGCCUUCCUCUACAGUCUUCUCAGUUAUCAUUUUUGUGUGCGUGACUGUGAGCGUGAUGUCAGCACUGUUUGAUAGAUGGCCAUGGGCACCAGUGGUAGAAACUGCCCGCUGUGCUGCCUGCAUACUCUGCUUCACUACUCGCAUUAUUUUUAUCCCAGCUAUGGACACUGCUAUCUUGGUGGUGUUCUCUGCUUCUCUCUUAUAUUGGACAAUGAUGCUGAGUUUCAGCAUCAUGACAAAGAAGAUUAAGUAAAUAUCAUAUCACUAGUUUAAACACCACCAAGGUAGGGUAACGAACAAAGAAGAAAGCACUUUCACUGUUACUCAUUCACUUACUGUCUUGCCAGAAGGCUGCCAAUAUCACAGUUCAGAAUUACAGGAAAAUAAGCCUGUUGAGUUAUAGGUAGUAGGUUGGUAGACAGCAACCACCCAGGGAGGUACUACCGUCCUGCCAAGUGAGUGUAAAACGAAAGCCUGUAAUUGUUUUACACGAUGGUAGGAUUGCUGGUGUCUUUUGUUUGUCUCAUAAACAUGCAAGAUUUCAGGUAUGUCUUGCUACUUCUACUUACACUUAGGUCACACUACACAUACAUGUACAAGCAUAUAUAUACACACCUCUGUUGCAACCCCUGAAUGGGUUACAAUGAUUAUUAUGUAUAUAUAUAAUGUAUAUUACCUUUUCAUUUAAUUUUACAUUGCUUAUAUUUGCGAUAAUAGCUAAAUCGUAAAUGUAUGACUUUAUAUUAUUAUUUGACUGUUAUAUUGUUAUUUGACUUAUGUUGUUAGGAUGUACAUAAUAUGUGCUCAGUUCAAGUCUUGAUUGUCAAACUACUGUAAUUAUCGCUUGUCGCUCAUUAUACUGCCGGCUUCUGAGCUGUGCUGUCCACGGGGCUAUCACGUGAUCGAGGGGGGGUGUCCUCACCUCUCGUGAAGUAUUCAGUCUGCUCUAGACUCGCUUGGUGGUUGGACAGAUUGUCUGUCUCAUUAUUCUUGUUAGUUCUGUAGAACUCUGUUCACAGAACAUUGUAUAGACUUAGUGAUUUUCGACGUUGUACUGAGGUUGUGUCGCUUAGACACUCUGAGCAUCUCAGGUCCUAAGCUAUAGCUUCUGACCUAAUUUUGUACUGGUUUCUGUGUAUUGUCACAGUCGGGUUUUUCCUAUGCUGAACUUAGAUUCAGUAGUAUGGGAGUUUUGUAACUUUUGUGGAGGAUCUGCUGAUGGUCCCUACUUAGUGUCGUUAUAUUAUCUCCCUGUUCCUGAUUCUGUGUCGCAGUCGCAUAUUGCAUUGCUAUUGGGCUUAGCAUUCUUUUCAUUGUUCAAGCAGAUUGUUCGGGUUGCCAGUCGGUCAAGAAGUUAUUUUAUUUGAGGACUUUGUCAGUCACUUGUUUAAGUCUAGUCGAGUCAUGAGACAUAGCGAACUACUUAGAGCACUUACACACAUACACACUUACUUGUACAUAUUUGUAAUAUCUUAUUAAAUGUUAAUGUACCAGACGGUACUUAAGAAUUAUAAAUGUGAUAUGUGCUUUCAGCACAAUAAUAUUGAACUCGAGAGAUUGAUUUUAUUUUGAUUGCUGUGAUUAAUUUAAUUUGAUAAUAUACCUCUAGACAACUUAAUGAUUAAUAAAUUUAUUAAAUUUUAAUUUCUCUAGUUAGUAGCCUACCAGUUGUAAUCCUGAAGCACUAUUGAAUAAUACUGAAUUCUAAUGGAUAAUUGGACAAGGAUACUGACUACUUGUUACAAAAACCCAGUAACAGGCUGGAUGCUAAAAGGGGAGUCCUUUCUAGUAUUCACUGGAGAUCUCUAAGCUUUUAGAAUCGCGUUUUUUGUAACAACCUCUCUGGGUUUUCUUCUAUUUUCUUUCUAGUUCUUGUUCUUGUUUAUUUCCUCUUUUCUCCAUGGGGAAGUGGACUAAAAUUCUUCCUCCGUAAGCCAUGCGUGUUGUAAGAGGCAACUAAAAUGCCAGGAGCAAGGGGCUAGUAACCCCUUCUCCUGUAUAUAUUACUAAAUGUAAAAGGAGAAACUUUCAUUUUUCCUUUUGGGCCACCCCGCCUCAGUGGGAUAUGGCCGGUGUGUUGAAAGAAAGAAAGAAGCCUGUUGAGUAUACCUGGUAAAGUGUAUGGUAAAGAUGUUUAUGAAAAAAUUAUAAUUAAGCCAGAGAGUAGAAGUGAACAUGAACAAGGUUUUAGGAUUGUAGGGGGAUUUGUAGAUCAAAUGUUCACAAUGAAGCACAGGGUUAUACAGGUGGUUUGGACAUUUAGAAAGGAUGAAGCAAAAAGGAUGACUAGGACAUAUAAAUCUGGGAAAGGGAAGAGGUAUGGGUCAUCCCACGAAGGGUUGGAAGGGAUAAGGGAAGUGUUGAGUGUAGAGGCUUGUACAUUCAACAAGUUUUAUUAUCAUUAUUAUUUUUACAUUUAAGAGAACUACUGAACUUAUAGGAGUCAUACAGUGCCUGCAGAAUUGGAGGCAGUCAGGUUUGAUCCAAGGAAGAGGAGAAAAAGUUCCAUUUUUCUAAUUAAGAGCCUCCCACCAGUAUCAAGGAACAUUCCUUGAGGGGCAUUAAUUCAAUAGCUUUCUUGCCACAAGUGUGCAGAUAUCAAAUAUCUCAAAGCAUCCCAACUCCACAACUAAAGUUCAGUUAACUGGUUCACCUGAAUCCUUCAUAAAUGUUACCUUGCACACACACACACACACACACACCAACAUAACUUCAAGUACCAAGAAGCACUUGUCUACACUCCACUCUAACACUAUCACAUGUCUGCUAGAUGCUCAGACAUAUGUAGUAUUGUAUAAUCCUGAGUAAGGAUGGGCUUUGAUUAGUAGUUAUUCAGAUCAAUACCAGUAUAUUUUUGCAUAUGAACUGUCAAUAAUAAUAUAAAAUAUUUUACAAUGAACAAAAUGUUAAAUAAACUAGAAGUUUAAACAAGUCCUUUAUUUCAACAAUAGGGAAAGAUCAAUUAUUACAGGUUAUGCUAACAACUAAUUAGAAAAUGAGGCAACAACUAAGCAUUCAUCUUCUAACUCCCUGAUCAAAAAAAUAUAUACAGUUUCAUUCCAUAUACUGUACAUGACUUGUGUAUAUGUAAAAGUGCAUGUUGGCACAAACAGUUUUUACUUUGAUGAAUUGCUAGAAAUGAUUCAUAUAGUACCUGCCAGUACUGUAUACAACAAAGAUCAUUGUUUAGUAGACUGCCAUGUUUGCUUAACAAAAGAGCAAUUGAAAAAAUAUAUCACUAUGAAACUGGUACACAACAUUACAACAAUGAAAUGUAGUUAUACAAUAUUACCGUGAGUGUUUUUUAAAUAUAAAAUGUUUACUAACAAGGCAUAAUUGAAAGGCACAAGAACAUUUGAUUGUCAAGAGAUACAGUAAUAAUUUAGUAUACAGCUUUCAGCCUCUAUAUUGACACAAAAUUUAUUUGUAGAUGCAUCACAGUUGAUACUAAAGACUUUUAUUGAAGAUUGUGCAUUAAAUUUUUUUUUUGUCCUUAUAAAAUUUCACUUAUUUUGGAAAAAGAAAAAUAAUCAUUUUUAUAUUUCAUUUAGUUAUGUGAUGGAAAACUGCAUUUAGCAGUUUUGAUGUCAUUUUUUCAAAAACAGUUCAUCUGUAUCUAGUGUGCUUUAAAAUCUGAAAGCAGUGAAAGCUAUAUUUCUUGUGCACAUUCCCUUGAAGGGGAAGGGGAUGCCUCAGUGCUGAAGGGCUGCUGAUCCAAGAAGUUGGAAUUACCCUCCCUUCCUUGUAUCAAACCUUUUCAUCUCCAUUCUACAAGCAAUAUGUCCUCAGAGUAUUUAGCACUUCACCAGGAAUAUAAUCUUUUGAGCAUUGUUAUUAAGCUGAGGAUGUAUAGGUGAUAGACUUUUGAGUUAUGUGGACUCUUACAUUACUGAUGUCCCUUAUUUAUAAUGCUAAUGUAGCUACAACUUCAUGCAUCUACCAAGCCUGUUACUGUCAUGGUUUCCAUGGUUAUGUUACUGUUAAGUGAGUUCUAUGGAGGUACACUGAAAAAAUGAGAAAUUAUCACAGAUGAUUGAGGGUGGGCUACUAAGCAUACACAACCACUCAGGCAACAAUUUUACAGUAACACAUAAAAAUGUCUUUCAGAAGUAUAUUGCAAUUCCUCAGUGUUUUCAAAUGUCAAAUACAAUGCUCCAACACAACUUACAUAGUAUUUAAAUAAGUGUAAUGCAAAAUGCCCUUAGUUAUUAUAGCAUAUAAAAAUUCUUUAGUUUAGUGAAUAACACUUCAAAUAUUUCGUUCAUCACAGAGCAAUAGUGUGAUAACAACAAAAGUAGAGAGAGAAAUAUACAGUUAUGCUAGAAACCAUAAACAAUACUCCAAGAAAAUAUUUUUUGUAAAUACAACUGCUCAUUAUCUUUUAUUACAGUUUAGAAAAUAAAUAAUCUACAUAUACCAAAAUAAAAUUCUGGUAAACAAGGAAACUGAUACUAGAUUCGACUAGAAAAAAAAAAGUCUCGUACAAAAAUCAUAGUAUCAGUCAGCAAAUUGUGGUGUACAUAACAAGAAAUUUUUAAUAAAUAUGUCAAAGUAUAAUAUAGAUAAAAUUAAACAACUGUUCCAACAUAAAAAAAAAAAAUACAAUUUUAUUGAUAAUAAG